AUGAUACUGCUGCUGUGGUGAAAAAUAGAGAGAAAGAACAACAGGAUAUUGUCCAAUUCUGGUCUGCGUGCCAACAGUGACAAAAUGUUGUUUUCUCCUCAGUUUGGGGAUUCUUAUUGGCUUUUAUUAGUCCUGGGUGAGCCUGAACGCAUUAAGAUGUUUUUCAAAUUCUCCCAGUUAGUGUGGAAACCUUGAGUCUGGGGGGUGGGAAGGUGGUGUCCCAUGCCCCAGCACAGACAUUCCUGCCCUGGAGGAUGAUACUGUGACUCAUGCAGAGGAAAAGAAGAGUUCUGUUGUAAAACACAACAGGAAGACAUCCAGCGCUGCUGUGUGCCAGGAGGACACCUGCAGAGCUGCCGCAGGGGUGGAAGUGAGCCACAGGCUGUAUGGAUAGUGCUGAGAAAACUGCACGGCUGCAUAAAUCUGACGCCAAACUAGGCUGCUAUUUUUGGUUUCUGUUCUGCUUUUCUGACACCUGUAGGUAAGCGUGAAGUGUACAACAGACGUCUGCAGCGCUUUCCAGAGCGAAGGAGCCGUCGCAGGGUAUGGGAUCACAGCGAAGCGUUCUUGUUUAGCAAUCAGGAUUCAUUAUAACCCAGGAAUAUGAACUGUAAACACGCCGGAGUUGCCAAGACAGGAGCUGGCUGUGGGUCAGCGCUUGAAUGAGGACGUACCAUCCCGCUGGGACUCCCCAGGAGCAGCAGGUAACACCCAGGUACACAAGGAGCCCCAUGGAAGUAUACUCAUCAGAUGCUUUCUGUGAUCUUUACCAGUGAAUCUGCACAAGCAUUUCCUUCCUAAGCUCACUUUAGGAGCUGCAUAUUGGUCCUCAUCCUGCUUUAACUCCCAGUGAAAUAAUUACACUUAACAAGACCUUAUUACCUGCUGAAAAAAAUAAAAUGACUGAAUUCCUGGUUUGUUUUAAUUGGUGCAAUGGUGAACAGCCCCAGCCGAAGAGGCGUCGGAGACUGGACCGCAAUAUGAUAGGAGAGCCCAUGAACUUUGUACACACUGCGCAUGUUGGGGCAAGAGAGAUGAGUAGUGACUAUUCAUCAGCUGUAUCAAUCCAGGACCACAUGAAGUCUAAAGGUGGCUACACAAAUGGCACUUCUGCAACUGUUGAGAUAUAGGAAACUGAGAGGAGGCUGACAUCUGCUCUGUCUCAUGAGGACCCCCUGGACUGUGCUUUCAUAUUCUCUAAAACCUCUUUAUCAUGGAGUAGAGAGACUUCUUGAAUUAUAAAUAGGUCAGUGCAAAUGUUGGUGUUCUUAGCAAUAUAGCUUCUGAAGGAGUUACUGUAAAUUAUCCUUAAAAUGGUCUGUCACAGCAGUAUUGUAGUAACAACUGUAACUUGUCAUUGUGGAUGAUUUCCUAGCUGUGUCCCAAAAACCUCCCAAAGUUGACUUGUAGAAUGGGAUUGGAAGUCAGUAUGAAUUGUCUGGGGUUUUAAGCUCUGUCUUUUCCUCCUCUCAAGAAAUGCAGAAGUUGAUUUAAUUGGAAGAUAUCACACGUUUGCACUUCUUACAUGGGCUAAACUGAACUGCUAAGUAGGAUCUUGUAGCCUGUAAUAAAACUUCAGACCUGUUUUUUAUAUGGCUUACAACCUAAUGCAUAACUCUACUAAGCUGUACUUCGGGUUUUUUUAAUGUCUUUUGAUGACUGAACUCUAACAUGAUAUAGUUAGCUGAGUCUGCAAAACCCUGUGAAACUUCUGCAUUGCUGCGAUAAUCCUUUCAUAGAUAAAAAUGGAGGUUUUGCAAACAUACCCACUCUUGAAUGAGGCUUAGAAAAACUGACAUUUCUCUCAGUUACUGGGCUGCCUCCCUUCCAUACCUGCGAUAGUGGGACUGACAGGUAUUACCACAACAGAGCUAAUAAUAUGUACUGGUUACCGUAGCACCACUUGAAGUUAUGCUCAGCACUGUGUGUUAAUUUUGCAUGACUGCUAUUGAAUUUUAAACUAGAUGUAUUUAAGAUCACUCUAUUACCUGUCUGUAGCAGUAACUACCCAGCACUUCAAGGGAUAUCUUGCUUGUCUUUCUGGCUUCCUAAUUUUUAGACUUCUUUUUUUAAGAUGAACUGUUAUUUUUCUUGCAUAUGGCUUAAAUAAAAGUAUGGUUUCAGUGAUACAGCCAUGUGAAGGACAGAAACUUAAAGAAUAUAGUGAAAACUUGCAAGAGAAUAUUAAAUGGAAACAGUGUCUUGCAGAGUUCCAGCACUUCAUUAAUAUUUAAAGAAAUAGCCAUAAAUAUUUAGCCAUACCCAAACUAUAUUUUAUUACUUAGUUCUUAUUCAUCUUUCUAUUAAGUGAUAUGACAAAACUGCUGAGGUAGAGCUAGGUUUUCCUUUUACCCAAUCCCUGAUGACUGUUCCCCAGCUCAAAAUUCUGAACGACUACCAGUGCAGAAAUUUAGGAAAUCUACUUGCUGUCAUGGGAUUAACUAAAUACAAGCGCUGAAAUUGCUGCUGUAUCAGCACUGGUUAUGCUGAAACUCUCUCCUUGCUCUAGGCAUAAGAUCAGUUAUGAACUUUUUUCCACUAAAACAUCUAGCUGGCAAAUCUUUUAACUUGUACGAUUCUGUGGCUUGUGAUACUUCUUAAAUCUAGACUGCUGGCUCUGCUGAAUUGUUAGGCUGUUUUUUCUGAGUAUAGUAGGGAGCUUAAAACAUGAAAGGUAGCUCUGUGUUUCUGUAUGUGUUCAAAACACACACCCCCCCCUCCCCAUUUAAUCUUUAAGGGCCAAAGAAGAAGAGAGACUGCUACUUUCUGUACCAGUCAACAGCUGGUCACAGCAUUCUGCAAACAAGUAGGAGAAAUCUAAUUUCCAUGUCUUGCUAGAUCCUUACUCUUGAAUUAGAAUUCAUACCAAAUUUUAAUAUAUUUUAAAAUUAGCAUGAGUUAGCUAUACAUUUAGCUUUUUAAAGUCUUUUAUAUUUGUGUCUUCUAACUUCAGAUUUAUUCUAACAGCCUCAUUAAGAUACAGAGUUCAAAGAAGCUAAAUACUGUUGAGUAUAAAGGCCACAUAAAGUGGCCAAGUUGUUUUAAAAGAAUAGAUUCUAAUUAAUCUGCUAUUAAAUUGAGUUCAUGCAUUCAUGGGUCCAUACCUGCCCAUAAAAAAUAGCGGUAGGCAGCUGUCAUGAAGCAAAUGGGUUGUAUUUUAACACUGUAAGAAAACAAAUUGAACAAUUUAGUAUUUCCUGAAGACCCAUUCAAUAGGUUUAAGAUUAGUGUUGUAUGCACAACUGGAAAUAAAGGAAUUGGUGGUUGUGUCAGUUCUUCUCUCUAAAAAUAAAUCAACAGAGGAUUUUGUUCUUAAAUCCUUAUUUAUAGAAAAAUCCUAAUUUUCAUUAUGUAAACCAAGUAGCACUAUCUGAUAUAAACCCAACCUAUUUUCAUCAGACUAGAUAGUAUAUAUAGGACCAUAUUAAGGUGUCAUAUCAUUAAAAGGAAAUGUUUUGCUACUGCAUUAAGGGUGCAAUUACUUUUAAAUUCUAAACAAACGUAAAAGCAUGUCUUGGGUAUUUUUUUGUUGUCUGUUUAACCACCUUAUCUAGCUGUAAUCUGUCAUGUAACUCAGUAUAAACCCAUCUUGGUUAUAAUAAACCUGUUGAA